AUGCCCUCAGGUCCCGGCCAGUCUGGGCCUGGCAAGAAGAAUGCCGGCCUGCCCAAGCAAAGCCGUAAUUCGACGCCAGCGCCCGCCCCUGCGAGCCUCCCGCCGCAAGAGUUUUACGACCCGGACUAUCUCAAUACGAGGGUCAUUCUGUUCCAGAAUCUAAAAUACGAUGACCUAGUCGAUCAAGGCGCUUCCAAUGCCACCGUUCCCGAUUCCAAGAGCGUCGACGCCAUGCUCGACAAGCUCAAGAGCCUCGUCAACAUCAUGGAGAAGCGGUCCACUUUUUACGAUCGAGGCAUGCGCCACCUUGCGGAUGAGAGGAAGAAGCGACCCGACGACUACGACCACGUCGAGCCCGAGGGCAAACGGACAAAGCACAAAAGGAAGAAGGGCUCCGAGUCAUUGGCGCCCGGCGACGCUGACCAGUCGUCUCCGCUCCGGGACGCCAAGCGCAAGCAUUCGCGCGACGGCUCCGCCAGCUCUUCACUGUCGCCAAUCGCUGCAGCCUCUCCGUCUGCCAUGGACGUCGACAAGAAGAAGCCCAAAAAGGCCGAAAAGAAAGAAGAGUCGAGCUCCGAGGACGAGGGCGCGCCGCCGAGACGAGAGUUGCCCCAGUCGCAGACGUUUGGCGAGGAUCCAUCGACCUUCCCCGACCCCACCGUCUACGAGAUUAGAGACAUUCAACCCGGCAUGUCGGACGAGGAAAAGAAAACGAUUUACUCGGUGGCGUGCUAUCCCAGGAGCGACCUCGCCGAUCUGAUAGCGGGAGACCCGCCGGACAAGGACUUUAGCAGCGCCAAGCCGACCAGCCAAAUCAACUUUACCACGUUUUCGUCCUACAUCGAUCCCUAUUUUAGACCAUUCUCCGAGGAAGACCUGGCGUUUCUGCGGGAGCGGGGCGACCGCGUGACGCCGUUUGUGAUGCCCAAGCGUGGUAAGAGGCAUUACAGCGAGGUGUGGGCUGAGGAGGAUGGUGCCAUGUCGCUCGACUCGCCUCAGCAGGGACGCGAGAAGCUUCCGCCGAACCAGCCACGGGGCAGCAUCGAGAACAUGAACGACAGCGUGGGCGAGACGGACGGGCUGUCAAUCGGGCCCUUGGCAUCACGGCUACUGCAGAUACUACGGCCCGAGAGCCGCGCGCAGCUGCCCGAGGACAGGCCAGCGACGAACGGGACCACCAACGGCGACGUCAGCGUCAAUGGUGACGCCAACGGCGAUGAGCAGCCCAACGGCAACGGCGACGACAAGGGCCAUCGGCUUCCGCCAGCAACAUACAUGACCGAGUCGUCCAGCGAGGCGUGGAAAAAGGCAACGCAUCCCAAGCUCGAGUAUGCGCAAGUGGACGAGCGGCUUAAGCAGGAACUCCGACACAUCGGGUUCCUCCCGCAGGAGGGAUUCGAGGGCGACUACGAUGGGCACUUUGACGACGAGAUUGCGGGCCGGAUGCGGGUGCUGCAAGCGCGGCUCCGAGAGCAGGUUCUCAUCAACGGAGCGCGCAAGGCGCGGCUGAUGGAGCUGGUUCGAGAGCGGAUGGCGCAUCAGGAGUACCAGACAAUCCUGGAGGAUCUCGACUCGCAGGUGCAGGCGGCGUACCUGAAGCGCACGCGGACCAUGGGCAAGAGCAAGAAGACGAAGCGGCCGGGAGGGGCGGGCGGAGGCAGCCACAUGGCCGGAGGCGCGGCGGGGACGGCAAGACCGGGGAUUGGAGACUUGACCAGGACGCUGAUGGAGCGGCGGCGGCGGUGGAUCGACACUAUAGGAUCCGUGUUUGACGACGAGAGCCUGAACAAGGUGCCGCGUGUGGCGGAUGCGGACAGCUCGAUAUUCAGAAAGGACGACAUGGCGGCGCUGGUCAAGAAGGAAAAGGAGCUGUGGGACGACGAGGUGGAGGAGUGA